UUUCCGGUUUCCCGUCAUGAAACGCAGUUUGAAAAUGGCGGCCGACCACUUUCACAACAUGUAUAUACCUCUUCGCUUAUCGCGCCGUUGAGUUUAUUUGGAUUAAUUUAAUCUCAGUGUUUUCAACGGAAUUUUCACAAUGCCGAAAUAUUACGAGGAUAAAGAGGAAGACACACGAGCCUGUGCUGGCAUACGAGAAGACUUCAAAGCAUGUCUCCUUCAACACGACUGUGUCAUUAAGGAGGGGAAGAUGCCUAGUGAGUGCUUGAAGGAAGGUCAUUGCAAAGCCCUGCAGACGUCAUUCUUUGAGUGCAAAAGGUCCAUGCUGGACACAAGGUCAAGAUUCAGAGGAAGAAAAGGAUAUUAAAGCACGAACAUGGUCACACACAAUUAAAGACUGCAAGGCCAACUGUGCCAGUUAAGCUUCUCCUUUUCCUCCUUGCUUGAACAUGUCAAGACGUCAGGUAGUAAAGGACUGACAAUUUUUUAACGAACUAUGCACUCUGGGCAUGUAUCAAAGUCUAGGAGUCAAUCACAAAAGAAAAUCUGAAAAAAAUUGUAUUAUUACAAAAAAAAUAUGACUUUCCUAGAUAGCAAUGACUUAACUCUUGUAAUAUUUAUUCUUGUCAAUGUGGCCUCAAUAUUACUUUGUGUGCUGCAAUGAAGAAUAAAUGCAAAUUGAA